GAUAGUGCCCCUGGUUGCUGAUUCCCGCCAUGCAACGAAACGUGCAAACCGUACGGCGAAUCAAUGUGCUCAAACGCAUCUUGGCACACCAACAGCCAGCCAGUGCCAGUGAUGCUGCCACCGGGGUGCUCUUCAAGCGCAACUGUAGCAACAAAUCCGUUAGUACCGUUGCCGGCACGAUCCAGAUCGACGACGUUGAGAAAGAGAUUCACGUACCGCUGAACCCCGAGCUGGUACCGACCGGUUACGUGCACGUGAGCGAGGAUGGCGAAGCGCAGCUGUCCCAAACCCGGCUGCACCAUCUGCGCUGGAUGCUGCAGAAAGAAAACCUCGGCCAGGAUAUGAUACUGCUCGGCAGACCGGGCAGCUUGCGUCGACGCAUCGUCAUGCAGUACUCGGAGCUGACGCGCCGGGAGGUCGAGUACAUCCUGCUGAACCGCGACACGACCGAGAGCGACUUGAAGCAGCGGCGCGAAAUACUCGACGGUACGGCGACGUACCACAACCAGAGCGCGGUUCGUGCUGCAACGGAGGGGCGUAUCCUGCUGAUCGAAGGCGUAGAGAAGACAGAACGGAACGUGCUGCCGAUACUGAAUAACCUGCUCGAGAACCGCGAGAUGCACCUCGAGGAUGGACGGUUUCUGAUAGCGGCGAAAAACUACGACGCCCUGCUGGAGCGCUACGAUCGUGCUCAGCUCGCACAGUGGGGUUUGGUGCGUGUGUCGGAAAAGUUUCGCGUGAUCGCGCUCGGUCUACCGGUGCCCCGGUACCGCGGUUCACCGCUCGAUCCACCCCUUAGGUCCCGGUUUCAGGCGCGCGACAUCGCCGAUCUACCGUACAUCGAGGUGCUGACCGAGGCGAAAGCACUCGCCAACGGAUCCGGCCGACCGGAGGUGCUAACGAAGCUGGUGUCGUUCGGUUUCGGCAUCCAGUCGGCCUCGUCGCCCCUGCCGGACUUUCCCAUCGACAACCUGCGGUACGUGGGGCUGCUGCUGCGGAACAAUGGUACGCUCGGGGAGGCGGAGUUGCUCGGCCGGCUCUACCCGUACCGGGCGUUCCUGGAGAAGGAAGGUAUAUCGCUCGUGCACAGUCUAAUGGAGUCGCUAGCGAUCGACCGGGAGGCGGUGGUGCCACAGCGAGAAAUCCAGAGCGUCGGUGUAUCGCCUGCGCACCGAAACGAGCUUGAGGUGCAGCUGCGGCAGGCGCAGGAUGGCACCGUGGCUCAAUUCCGGCUCGCGCAAGGUAAGCCGAGCUUAAGCGCCACCAAACGCCAACCGUACGUUCCAACGAGCUACCAGAAUGGCAUGCUGGCGGAGCUGCUGCAGACGGUGGCGGUGGCGGAUGUGUGUCUGGUGGGCCCGAAGGGUUGUGGUAAGACCAUCCUGGCCGAGCAGCUUUGUGCUGCACUCGAUGGCCAGCGGAUGGAAACGAUGGUGCUCUAUCAGGACAUGACGGCGCGUGAUCUGCUGCAGAAGCGCACGACGCGCCUCAACGGAGACACCGUGUGGCAGGACUCUCCGUUGCUAAUGGCCGCCCUUCAGGGGCACGCGAUUGUGCUCGACGGUGUGCAUCGGUUGCACCACAGCACCUUGGCCAUACUGCACCGGCUGGUGCACGACCGCGAGCUGCAACUGUACGAUGGCCGACGUCUGAUGGCGCACGAGCGUUUCGAUCGGUUGCAGGCGAACCAGCCCGACGUGGAUCUAGCCGGCAGAGGGCUGUUGCGCAUCCAUCCCGGGUUCCGUAUCGUUGCUUUGGCCGAACCUCACCAGCGCGGUGCCGGAACGGUCGGCACGCCCGGUGGUGCUGGCUCGUGGAUCAGCGCUGAAACGCUCAGCCUAUUCCUGUUCCACGAGGUGCGCGGUCUGAGCGAGGCGGAAGAACGGCGCGUGCUCGAUGCCCUGUACGGACCGCUCGAUGCCACGAUGGAGCAGAUCCUACGCCUUGCGCAGCACCUCCGCGCGUCCUCCGACGACGUGCAGCAGGCCCUCGCGGCCAAUCUUUCCACCCGUCAGCUGCUACGGAUUGCUCGUCGCCUCAAGCAGUACGGCGACGGUGGUGGCCAGCUGUCGGCCGGGGAAAUCGUGCACGCAACCUUCAUGAGCAAGUUCAUGCCGAGUGUGGCGCGUGGCGUGCUGGAAUCGGCGAUGCGUCGCUGCAUGGACGCGGGUGGCCAUCGGGAGGCAACCGACGGAGCCAGGCGCCCGGUGGAGAUCGAGCUGAAGGACGAUACGCUGCGCAUCGGCAGCACGAGUGUGGCACGCUACCGCACCGAGGCGGUGAGCAAGGUGCCGGACAUUGUGUUCUACGACGUGCCACAGCAUUUGCGGCUGAUGGAGCGUCUGCUGCAGGACUUCCUGCUCGGCGAGCACCUGCUGCUGGUGGGCAACCAGGGCGUGGGCAAGAACAAGAUCGUCGACCGGCUGCUGCAGCUGAUGAACCGUCCGCGCGAGUACAUUCAGCUGCACCGUGACACGACGGUGCAGUCGCUGACGCUGCAGGCGACGGUGCGCGACGGACGCAUCCAGUACGAGGACUCGCCGCUGGUGAAAGCGGUCAAGGCCGGCCACGUGCUGGUGGUGGACGAGGCGGACAAGGCGCCCAUCCACGUCACCUGCAUCCUCAAGACGCUGGUCGAGAACGGCGAGAUGCUGCUGUCGGAUGGGCGCAAAAUCUGCCCACCCGCGUCCUCCGCCCCGGGGACGGCACUGGAUGAAUCGGCGGCGGACGGCUUCAUACCGACCCAUCCGGACUUCCGGUUGAUUGUGCUCGCCAACCGGCCUGGAUUUCCCUUCCUCGGCAAUGAUUUCUUCGCCGCGCUCGGUGACCUAUUCGCGUGCCACGCCGUCGACAACCCGUCGCCCGAGUCGGAGCAGUUUCUGCUUCGGCAGUAUGGGCCGCGCGUACCGAUGGCCACCAUCCGCCAGCUGGUGGACGCAUUCGCCGAGCUGCGCGACAUGGCCGACGCCGGCACGCUGCACUACCCGUACUCGACGCGCGAGGUGGUCGCGAUCGUGCGCCACCUGGAGCGCUUCCCGGAUGACCCGCUGGCCGAGCUGAUCGGCAACGUGCUCGACUACGAUCGCUACGCGCCGGAAACGCUCGACCAGGUGACGGCGGUGCUGCUCAAGCACGGCCUCCCGAUCGGCCCGUACGCCGAGGGCGUGGAGGCGGUGGCGAACCUGCGCCGCCAGCGCGAGCUACAGAUGACGAUCCGCAGCAAGAGCGGCAAGGACGUGGCCGGACCGAAGCACGGCCGGGUCGAUCCGAACAACGAUCCGCACGUCGGCGGCAACACAUGGGCCGGCGGAACCGGCGGGCGCGAUACCGCCGGCCUGGGCGGCAAGGGUGGCCCGUACCGGCUCGAUGCCGGCCACAAGGUGCACCAGCUGUCGGACGCGGAAAAGGACAGCGUGCCGGAGGAGGUGAAGCGGGCGGCGCGCGAGAUGAACCGGCGCGCGUUCGAGGAGAAGCUGCGUGAAAUCCGCAUGAGCGAGUACGAGCACAAGGUGUACGAGCAGUACUCGGAACCGGUACGGCGGCAGGUGCAGCAGCUCCGGAUCACUUUGCAGGCCCUGCAAGCACGAGCCCGCGAACGCCAAUGGCAGAAACAUCGAACGGCGGGCGAGCUCGACGAUACCAAGCUGGUGGAGGGGCUGACGGGCGAGCGGGCGAUCUACAAGCAGCGCGCCGAGCAGGAGCCGGAACCGGGUGCCCCACAGCAGAAGCCCAAGCGUCUCCGGUUGCUGGUGGACGUGUCCGGCUCGAUGUAUCGGUUCAACGGCUACGACGGUCGGCUCGACCGUCAGCUCGAGGCGACCACGAUGGUGAUGGAAGCGUUCGACGGCUUCGAGAGCAAGAUCCGGUACGAUGUGGUGGGCCACAGCGGCGAGGCGGUCGCGGUGCCCUUCGUGAGCGAAAACGCACCGCCCCGGGACGCGAAGCGCCGGCUCGAGACGCUCAAGAUGAUGCACGCGCACGCGCAGUUCUGCUGGAGCGGCGACCAUACGCUCGCCGCCACCGAGCGAGCGGUGGACGAGCUGGCACGCGAGGACUGCGACGAGGCGAUCGUGGUGGUGCUGAGCGACGCCAACCUGGCACGCUACGGCAUCACGCCACGGGCGCUAAAUGCCGCCCUCACAAAGCAGGCCCCGCGUGUUCAGGCGUACGUCGUGUUCAUCGGCAGCCUGGGCGAUGAGGCGCGCGUCAUAACGGAAACCAUGGCUGCCGGGAAGGCGUUCGUCUGCAUGGAUCUCGACCAGCUACCUCAGAUCAUGCGUCAGAUCUUCUCUGCCUCGCUACUCCAAUAGCAGCGUCAUGCAAUAGCGGACAUGCCUUAUCUUCCGCACGAUGAGUUGAGUAUUUUCCUGCGACAAGGCCAGGGGUUUUUUUUUGGUAGGGUGGUGUUUAUCUAGCUGUACAUAGAAAGCGGUAUCAUUGGUGUCGACAAUAAGGCAAAUAGAUAAAGUAUUGCAACGCUCCGGUAGAACUACAAGGGGGCUUCUUUUGGUCACCUCAGGCUGAACUCAUCUUUUUUCUAUUAUUGUGACUAGCGCAGAAAAUAACCCAAGUCCCACGAACGAAAACACACUUUAUACAUACUACAGAACCAUACAGAAUAGCGAUACGAGUCGCUAACCGAACAGAUCUAUUCAAUAAGGACUAUUAUUGCAAAUUGUUUUAUUACUUGUUACAUCCCGAGCGGCUCGAGUCGAUUUGGAUACAAACAACGGUAGGGUACAACGAACAUAAACGAAGACACUGUUAGGAUAUCUACGAUCAGUUUGUUUAACAAAUGGUAAAUAAAAAAAAAAAAACAAUAGCGUUAUCAAAAGCGUCAUUGAAGGGGAGCUAGUUUUCCGGCCGAAAGGCGA